UGCCCAUGCCCAUGCACCGCGACACUCUUGACAACUCUAGAGUACCCAUGCCGGCCUACUGUUUUCAAGACUGCCACUACUUCUAUCGCAGUGCCUUGCGGCAUCUCAACAUUGCCACUUCCAUCUCCCCUCUCUACGCCUAACUGACUCUUCUCGCCAUGGCAGUUCGUAAAUUCACCCAGCCCUCGUCUCUGGAGGACACGCUCGAAAAAGCAUCCAAAAUGCCCAACGAGGAAGCAACUGCAACUCGUUCCGAGGAAUCUGCAAGGAACAGCACACAAUCCUACCCAGCUGAAGCACAAGCUCCCCUGGCAAACCACACCAACCCAAACUCGAGGCCAGGCAUCACCUUUGCCCACCAGGAUAGUCUUCCCAAACUUCCCAUCCCAGAGCUCGACAGCUCAUGCAAAAAAUACCUUGCCGCCCUCAGGCCUCUUCAGACACCUAAAGAGUACAACGAAACUGUACAUGCGGUGGAGGACUUUUUGAAAUCUGAUGGCCCGGUACUGCAGGAAAAGUUGAAGAAGUAUGCUAGUGGAAAAGCCAACUACAUUGAGCAGUUUUGGUACGACUCGUAUCUGAAUUUCGACAACCCAGUCGUACUCAAUCUAAACCCAUUCUUCUUACUGGAAGAUGACCCAACCCCGGCUCGGAACAACCAAGUCACUCGUGCAGCUUCACUAGUCGUCUCGGCACUUGCGUUCGUUAGAGCCGUCCGUCGGGAGGAGCUACCUCCUGACACUGUCCGUGGACAGCCCCUUUGCAUGUACCAGUACUCACGUUUGUUCGGCACAGCCAGAAUACCAACUGAACAUGGUUGCCAAAUCGGCCAGGACCCAACUUCGAAACACAUCGUCGUCAUGUGCCACGGCCAAGUUUACUGGUUCGAUGUCAUGGACGACAACCAUGAUCUGAUCAUGACAGAAAAGGAUAUCGCCCUUAAUCUUCAGGUGAUUGUCGACGAUGCGCAAGAAGUGCCGAUCCAAGAGGCUGCCAAGGGUGCAAUAGGCGUGCUGAGCACAGAAAACCGAAAGGUGUGGGCUGGUCUGCGUGAUGUACUGCACAGGGAAGAAGGGUCAAACAAUUCUGAUUGUUUAAACAUUGUUGAUUCUGCCCUUUUCGUGCUCUGUCUCGACUACACCGAGCCGCAGACUGGCGCUGACCUUUGUAUGAAUAUGCUCUGUGGUACAAGCAAGAUUGAGCGCGGAGUGCAGGUCGGAACAUGUACGAACCGUUGGUACGACAAGUUGCAGAUUAUUGUUUGCAAGAACGGAAGUGCAGGUAUCAACUUUGAGCACACUGGCGUUGAUGGUCAUACCGUCCUCCGAUUCGCUUCCGACGUAUACACCGACACUAUUCUCCGCUUUGCCAGAACCAUCAACGGCAGUGCGCCCAGUCUGUGGGCUUCGUCAAGCCCUGACCCUGCGAAGCGAGAUCCCGAGAGCUUCGGCGAUGUUCAAACUACGCCUCAUAAACUCGAGUGGGAUAUGGUUCCUGAGCUAGGUACGGCUCUGCGUUUUGCCGAGACACGUCUAGCAGACCUUAUCCAGCAGAAUGAGUUCGCUACCCUUGAGUUUCCCCACUAUGGGAAGAACUUUAUGACUUCGAUGGGCUUCUCACCCGAUGCUUUCGUUCAGAUGGCCUUCCAGGCUGCUUAUUACGGCUUGUAUGGAAGAAUCGAGUGUGUAUACGAGCCUGCCAUGACUAAGAUCUACUACCAUGGACGAACCGAAGCCAUCCGAUCUGUCACAGAAGAAUCGGUCGAGUUUCUAAAGACAUUCUGGGGCGAAAAUCCUGCGAGCCAAAAGAUUGAUGCACUUCGCAAAGCCUGCCAAAAGCACACGGAGAAUACCAAGAUUUGUUCAAAGGCUCAAGGACCAGACAGGCAUCUGUAUGCUCUGUAUUGCAUAUGGCAGCGCGCCAUCGAUGAGUCUCAAGAUAUGGCUAGCAGCGACGGUUGGGACUCGACACGGCCAUCUAGCCCUGACGCUUCAGGUGUUGCUUCGCCCAAUCGUAAUUCGACGCAUUCAGAAAACGGAUCGAUUUCCAGCUCACCACCUCCUUCUCCAGUGCAACACUCGAUGCCCGCACUAUUCGCAGACGCCGGCUGGGAUAAGAUUAAUACGACGAUUCUCUCCACUUCAAAUUGCGGAAACCCUUCUCUCCGUCAAUUUGGUUUCGGUCCUACUUCCGCUGAGGGUUUCGGUAUUGGUUACAUCAUCAAAGACGGCAGCAUCUCCAUUUGUGCAUCCUCCAAGCACCGACAGACGAGCCGCUUUAUUGAUGCGCUGGAAUCUUACUUUUUGGAGAUCCGCAAGCUACUACGACAGAUCAAACGCCGUGGUACUUCUACCGACAAGACAGCCACACGCGCACGCGAGGCAGAAGACAGGCCAUUGGCUACCCGCCUCAAGAGCAGAGGAAGAAUCAUCCUCGGAGACGGAGCCAAACAACAGACGCCUUCAGAAAGCGUAGCAGAUGACGAAGAAGACGAUGGUCUAGGUGGAUGUAGGACUCCCCCUUCCCCUCCUUCCCUUUCCCUUGGCGAUGCCUCAAGUGUCGAUUCCUCCUCUUCUGCUUCUUCUUUUCCGCCUAUGUACCUCCCACCGACUCCGCCUCACUCUCCGCCGUUCAAGCCCAUGACGGCGGUCUUGUCGAGCUCGCAGAAAAAGCCAAUAGCUGUUUUCAAGACGGUACGAGCGAGGCGGGGGACGCAGGGAGCGUCCGCGGCAAAGAAGAAGCCGAUUUUCUAUUCUUCUUGAUCUCCUUUUCUCUUUCAUUUCCAAAUUUCUGCAAUUUAGCCUUUUCAUCUAUCCUGCAAGAUUUGUACUCAAGACUUUAUCACUUCACAUAUUCUUUAUCCCCUCAUACAGACGCAGAUUUCCUUUUUCAAAGAUUUCAUUAUACUGAUUAUUGCUCUUCUUGUGCAUAGAUGGCUUCUUCGACGCGGGUAUGCUCCGUCAGGCGCUCAACGCCAAUCGAGCACAAGUCGAACCCGUCGAGCGCGACGUGAUACGCAGGAACAUUGGGAGGAGGUUGAGACUGGCUGAGUAUUAGGGAUGUUAUCUGGUGGGGAUAGUAUGGUACUAGCGGUUGUUGGAAAUGGUGGAGUAAUAUACUGAGCAGAUAGUAGAUGGAGGAGGAAUAUAGUAUGUUGAAGUCGUAUACUGGAUAAUUGUAUAUUUGUACAUAAUAGUUCUGUAUAUGUGAAUGCCAUUUGAGGAAAGAGGAGUAAUCUCUGGAGUUUUGAG